AUGAAGUCAUCUCUGAAAUUUGCAGGUAAAUCUGAAAGUAAAUCUGAAAGUAAAUCUGCAGGUAAAUCUGAGGGUAAAUCUGAAAGUAAAUCUGAAAGUAAAUCUGAAAGUAAAUCUGCAGGUAAAUCUGAGGGUAAAUCUGCAGGUAAAUCUGAGGGUAAAUCUGCAGGUAAAUCUGAAAGUAAAUCUGCAGGUAAAUCUGAGGGUAAAUCUGCAGGUAAAUCUGAGGGUAAAUCUGAGGGUAAAUCUGAGGGUAAAUCUGCGGGUAAAUCUGCAGGUAAAUCUGAGGGUGAAUCUGCAGGUAAAUCUGAGGGUGAAUCUCCAGGAAAAUUUGAAAAUAAAUCUGAAAGUAAAUUUGCAGCAACUACUAUGUCUGUCAACAGUCGAAGACUAAUUGUCCAAUAUGCUGGUGGAGCACAUGGAACAUAG